UCACUGAAUCUUUUGAAAAACAAAUCAAGUCAGUUAACGUUGAGCUCUCCGAAUAAAUAGUUUGAAAAGUACAAUUUGUGUUCCGUUAAAGUUCCCUUAAGGUUUCCAGAUUGUCUGUUCAAGAUGCGAGGCAAGGAGGUGCCUCUUGUAGCAAUAUUGUUAUGUGGCUACGGUCUAUUGGCAACAGCAGAGCCACAGCGCAAGCAUAAACGAAGCAUAGAACUAUCAGCUGCUCAUCAAUUAAUCUCCGACGUGCGUUUACCAACCGAUUUCACUCCGUUGAGCUAUGUACUGGACUUGCGACCAAAUUUGGAAAAUUCCACCUUUUCCGGCAUCGUCAAAAUUAACAUGUCUUGCGAACAACAGACAAAUAAAAUCGCCUUACAUUCACAUUUCGAUAUGAAAAUUGUGGUGGCUGAUAUAAAAAUCAAACGACUCAAAAACAAUGAAACGACCGAUGAGGAGUUAACUGAAAAAAUCGAGAUCCAAAGGGCCAAUCGUAUGCCAAAGAAACCAAUCUAUCAGAUUUUCCUGAAGAGUCCAUUAAAGAAAGGCGCACUUCUGGAAUUACAUAUCGAAUUUAGUGGCAUAAUAUGGGAAACAGCUGAAGGUUUGUUCAAAGGAUCGUAUUCAGAUAGUAACGGCGAUAAGAGACAUUAUCUAGCCACACAUACAAGACCGAACAACGCACGUCAUAUAUUCCCAUGCUUUGAUGAACCUGGCUUCAAAGUACCGUUUACUGUGAGCAUAUCUAGACCGAAAAACUACACAACACUGUUUAACGUUCGAGUGCAAUCGACUGUUGAAAUGGACGGUGAUUACGAAAUUGAUCAUUUCGAAACAACACCGCCAAUGUCGACAAUUUCGUUCGGCUUCGUUAUUUCACAAUUGACCCAACUGAACAUCACUACGGAAACGCCACUCCUGAAACCAAUUAUCAGAAUUUGGGCUAGGGAAGAUUAUCAGGAUGAGUUGAAGGAUGUUUAUGGAAAGGUCGAAAAAGUGCUGACAUAUCUGCGAAACUAUUGGGACGAAGAUUAUCCGCUAUGCAAAUUGGAUAUUGUAGCAUUACCAGCUGGAUUUUCGUCAUUGAAGCCGGUAGAUAACUGGGGUCUUAUCGUUUUCAAAGAAAGCGACUUGUCGAAUCAAGGAUACUAUUUACUAGCUCAAGAGCUUGCAUACCAAUGGUUAGGUUCGUGGGUAACGCCGUUGUGGUGGAGUGAUGCUCAUUUAAAUAAAGCUUUGGCUGGAUUUUUGGCUGCCUCUGCUGCUUUGGAGAUUGAUAAUGGUCAAGAAUUCGAUGGUAAAUGGCCAAUGACGACACUAUACAGUGUCUACUAUGAAUUUAGCAAAAGAUAUCCCCAUUCACGCAUCACCGGCCUCAAACAAGAGGCAACAUGUACAAAAACGGAAUUGGUCCUACGCAUGUUAAAUUACACAAUUGGUGCCGAAACAUUCAAGAAAGGGUUGAGGAAGUUCUUCGCCGAUGGUCAUUGCGGAACGUUUGUGGGUGACAAUGUUUGGAAAGCAUUGACCGAACAAGCCCACGCAGAUAAAACAUUACCGCCAGGGGUUACUGUUAACGAAAUCGUCGAAUCAUGGAUAUUCAAGGAUCGCCUACCGGUCGUUACAGUAUCGCGAAAAUAUGCCACUCAAUCGGCAGUAGCAACACAAAAAGUUUAUUUGCGAGAACGUCCGCACGAUGUGCCGGAACAAGACAAAAUGUUGUGGUGGAUUCCAUUGGUAGUCUUGUCGCAAGACAAAUUGAAUUUCCGUAACACGACGCCGUCAAUUUGGUUGAAUAAAGUCCGUGAUGUGCAGUUGGACGGUCUACCAGCGGCCGAUAAAUAUAUCAUCGUCAAUCCGGAAGAAAUUGGUCCAUUCCCAGUGAACUAUGAUGCAGACAAUUGGAAUUUAUUGUCCAACUAUCUUCAAACAGAAGAAGGAAGGAAGCACAUUCCUACGUACACAAGAGCUAAACUUCUUCACGAUGCUUGGAAUUUGGCCUACGCUGGAGACCUUAGCUUUGCCACAGCAUUCAAUAUGACCCUCUUUAUGAAAUAUGAAAGGGAUCACAUUGUUUGGAACCCAGUGUUCACACUGAUCGAUCACAUAGGCGCUCACAUUGACAUGUCUUCUGUGCACAAGAAAUUCCAAACAUAUGUCCGUAUCUUACUGACACCACUUUACGAGGAAUUAGGCCCAUAUGCACAACCGAACGAAGAAAAGUGGAAAGACAACCUGAGAUCUUUAGCCAGGUUGUUCUUAUGUCAAGCUGGAUAUCGUCCAUGCAUUGAAGAAGCUCAGGCUGCAUACAAAAAAUGGAUGGAUAUCGAAAAUCCAGACGAUGGAAAUCCCGUUAGCAAUCAGUACAUCUGUCCAGUCUUUAAAUGGGGUACCCAAGAAGAGUGGGAAUUCGGUUUGCAGAGAGUGAUUAAUUUCCCAUCAUCACGAAAGCAGAGUGAGAGAACCUAUUUGCUGAAAUGCCUGGUAUCGUGUCCCAUGCAAUCGUCCAAAAUUGAAAGACUUUUGAACAUAACGAUUCUGGAAGAAAAUGGCAAUUUCACCGAGAACGAUAUAUUCUUGGAAUUCAACAUGUUGUCGGGUGGAUCAAACGGCUAUUUAACUCUGUUCAAUUUCUUGUCUGACAAUUGGGACUUGAUACGGCAGAGAUUUGAAAACAAAACGAACCUCUGGGACAACUUGAUUGGAUCAGCAACCGGAGUGUUUACCACGCAGGAAGGAUACGAUAUGGUUUCCGAAUUGUAUGUGGCUCGACAGGGUGAAUUCGGAAGUGCCGAACAUAUUAUUGAAAAGUCACUGAGACACAUUAAAGAGGAGACGAAAUGGAGUGACGAGAAUUUGCCCAUAAUUGAAAAGUGGCUGGAUAAAUAUUUGGAGCGUGCCAACACAUUGGAGAGUAAAUUUAGCGGAUAGAGUUUCGUAGGCACAGAUCGAAUAAUAGGGGCGAGUGCAUUUUGAUUUUAUUGAAUGGAUUUGAACAAUAACUUAGAAUUAAGGAAGAAA